CCCUCGCCGCUGAGCAGGCGUAGCAAUCUGCUUGGACGUGCGCCGGAUUUCGGUUGUUCCUUUCAAGUUCUGGAAACCCAUCAAAAUGACUACGGCAGGUCUGAACUUCAUAUCUUCGAUAUGUUGGGUAAAGCAAGGAGCGGCCAUGAACGUGCCUCACAAGGUUAAACUUCGCAAGGAGGAGAUCCAGAAGUUCCUGAACGAUCCGAAUUUUGAUGAGAACAGUGGCGAUGAAGAGGUGGACGACGAGCAACAAGACGUCGAGAAGAAGUACAAUAUGGACGAUUACGACAAUGAGGACGUCGAUACCGUGGGAGCUCAGCUCGCCGGCUUAGCUUGCUUCGCCUCGUCGAGCGAAGAUCCAAAUCUCAAAGAUGAUGUAGAUUCUUCUGAUUCCGAAGAUGAGAAGGAAGCCUUUCAUCUCCAGGACACCGAUAACUUGAUCGUUAUCGGUCGCGUCGAUGAUGACUGUGCUGCGCUAGAGGUCUAUGUUUACAACGAAAGCGAGGGUGACAUGUAUGUCCAUCACGAUGCGAUUCUACCCGCCUAUCCCAUCUGCAUGGAGUGGCUGAAUUAUCACGUCGGUGAACAGGACGGAACAACUGGCAACUACAUCGCUGUCGGGGAUGUUGGCCCGGUCAUAAGUAUCUGGAAUUUGGAUGUCGUCGAUCUCCUGGAGCCGAGCAUGAAGCUCGGCAAGAAGGAGAAAAAGAAGAAAAAAAGCAAGCCUAGGGUGAAAGGUUUCGGCCAUACCGAUUCGGUCAUCUCAUUGCAUUGGAACAGGCUCGAGCGCCACAUCCUCGCGUCGGGCUCGGCAGAUAAAUCGGUCCUGCUGUGGGAUCUGAACACGGCGAAGCCGACCGUGACCAUCUCGGAACACACGGAUAGGGUUCAAGGAGUUCGGUUCCAUCCAUUCGAAGCCCCGUCGCUCCUCUCGGCAUCAGCGGACGGGACGGUCAAGUUAUGGGAUGUUCGAGAAACGAAAAGCAGUUGUCGGAGUUGGGAUGUGGGGAACGAGGUGGAAAGCGUUUUGUGGGAUCACUUCUCUCCGUUCCACUUCUUCGCUGCGAGUGAGCCCGGCAGCAUCUUCGCUUUCGACGUCCGACAGGCUUCGACCCCGGUAUUUACCGUCUGCGCUCACCAAAAAUCUAUUUCGUGCAUGUCGUUGUCCAGUCAUUGUCCCGGAUUGAUGGUGACCGCCGGUGAAGACCAACUCAUAAAAGUUUGGGACGUAGAAGACAAGACAAAUCCCAAAUUCAUUCUUGAGCAUGCUCUGGAUAUCGGUCGUUUGUUGUCGCUCGAAUGCGCUGUUGAUCAACCUUUCGUGAUAGCUAUCGGCGGCGAUGAAGGCGAGAACAACUUCGUGACAUUCGAUCUGAUGAAAAAGUUCCCCGCUCAGAUGGAGGCCUUCAAAGGGCGGCGACUCAUGAAAGUCGUCGAUACGGUCGAGAACAAGAAAACUUCGAUCACGGUUGACGCCGCCCGAGAUGACGAUGAAGGCAUGGACUCAGACAACGAGGAGGAAUGAGCUCUCUUCUCACAUUUUCUUGUUCGGGGGAAGGAUUUCGUGUAAAUAAAGCUCGAGGGUGAAUAUUCUCCC